AUGAAUAGGUUGGUAGCAGUGGCAAUAGACAAAGACAAAGGAAGCCAAUCUGCUCUGAAAUGGGCUGUUGAUAAUAUCCUCACCAAGGGCCAAACUGUAGUCUUGAUCCAUGUCAAUGUUAAAUCAUCCUCGUCGUCCGACAAACCGAAAAGAAUCACCUCAAUCUAUUUCCUGGGUGCAGGGUUGAACCAGAAUUCUGAUCUCAGUAAUCAAAAUGGAUCAGUAUGCAAAGAUUCUGAUACACUAAAUAAGGAACUCUUCCUCCCCUUCCGUUGUUUCUGCACCCGUAAAGAUAUAGAAUGCCAAAGCAUCGUACUAGAAGAUACAGAUGUAGCCAAAGCAUUAAUUGAAUUUGCUACUCGAUCAUCAAUAGAAGUUAUGGUUCUUGGUGCUUCCUCAAGGAAUGGUCUCUUCAGAUUUAAAGUGACAGAUAUUCCAGGCAGUGUAUUAAAAGGGGUGCCAGAUUUUUGUACCGUAUAUGUCAUCUCCAAAGGAAAGAUUGCAUCUACUCGAUCUGCCUCCCGCCUCGCCCCAGCUACCCGUAACCAAUUUCUGUAUCCAGACAGCAACAGAACAGACAUGUCUGAGGCAUCAGUAUCACCCACGAUUCGUUCGAAAGGAACACCAAGACCUCAACAUGAGCAAUCGCUGCAUAAGAUGCACCAUGACAUGGAAGGUAGUAUCAAGUCACCAUUCACUCACAGGAGAAACCAAAGUGGCAAACCAUAUGGGGAACUCCCGCCACCAGAUACAGAUAUAUCCUUUGUCAGCUCUGGCAGGCCAAGUGUUGAUCGGAUGUUUCCUUCCUUCUAUGACACCUUCGAAAUGGACCACACACCAAAGUCAAUCUUCUCAGACACAGAAAACCAUAGCUUCGAGUCGCUGCAGAUUGGACGCAGAUCAAUGGAUAUUGCCUCGCCACCUGAAUUGUCAAUAUCCUCGCAUGACAAUGAUAUAUCAUCUUCAUCACAGACAAUGGUAAGAUUAAAGACAUUUAAAAUCGACAAAUUUUCUCAUGGCAUCAAUAUCAUGUAUGCAUGUGUUCAUACAUUAAAAGAGUGCAAAUCCAUUGAUGCUCCACCUAGUGGAGUGUUCGGCAUGAGAAAUUUGGAGGCAGACCUUACCUUUGAUAUAAUUUUGCACAAAGUGGCUGCUAUGAUACUAGAACCCAUGACCUCCAGGGAAGACGUGGAAGCAGAAAUGAGAAGACUGAAGAUGGAACUCAAGCGAACAAUGGACAUGUACAGUACAGCCUGCAAAGAAGCACUAUCAGCAAAACAAAAGGCAAAGGAGCUCCAGCGCUGGAAAAUGGAAGAAGAGCAGAGAUUAGAAGAGGCAAGACUAGCUCAGGGAGCUGCACUGGCAAUCGCAGAGAAGGAAAGAGCUAAAUCCAAAGCAGCAAUUGAGCAUGCUGAAGCAUCUCAGAGGAUUGCGGAACUGGAAGCACAAAAGAGAAUUAAUGCUGAAAUGAAAGCACUAAAAGAAGCAGAAGAGAAAAAUAAGGUGCUAAAUUCUCUAGCAAAAUCGGACGUCAGAUACAGGAAGUAUGCAAUUGAGGAGAUCGAAGCUGCAACAAAUUUCUUCUCAGAAUCUCGUAAGAUUGGGGAAGGGGGUUAUGGGCCAGUAUACAAGUGUUAUCUGGACCACACACCCGUUGCAGUUAAGGUUCUCCGACCAGAUGCAGCUCAAGGAAGAUCACAGUUUAAUCAAGAGGUUGAAGUACUGAGCUGCAUACGGCAUCCUAACAUGGUUCUCCUACUUGGAGCCUGCCCAGAGUAUGGAUGCUUAGUCUAUGAGUAUAUGUCCAAAGGGAGCUUAGAAGACCGUCUCCUCCGGCGAGGAAGCACCCCGCCCAUCUCUUGGCAGCAUAGGUUCCGAAUUGCGGCUGAAAUUGGGACUGGCUUACUUUUCCUCCACCAGACCAAACCGGAGCCACUUGUGCAUCGUGACCUAAAACCAGCCAAUAUCUUGCUCGACAAUAACUACGUAAGCAAGAUUAGUGAUGUUGGAUUGGCAAGGCUCGUCCCUCCAUCUGUAGCAGAUACUGUUACUCAGUAUCGAAUGACAUCAACAGCUGGAACUUUCUGCUAUAUAGAUCCAGAAUAUCAACAAACGGGCAUGCUUGGUGUAAAAUCUGACAUAUAUUCCCUCGGCAUCAUGUUUCUACAGAUAAUAACAGCCAGACCACCAAUGGGUUUAACUCACCACGUUGGACGGGCUAUCGAGAAGGGGACUUUUGUUGAGAUGCUGGAUCCAGUGGUGCCUGAUUGGCCAGUUGAAGAGGCAUUGAGCUUCGCAAAGCUGGCACUCAAGUGUGCAGAGUUAAGACGGAAAGACAGACCAGAUCUGGGCAAGGUCAUCAUGCCAGAACUUGAAAGAUUAAGAGCAAUUGCUGAUGAGAACAUGCCUUACAACACAAUAUUUGGUAUUAGCAGUGCAACCCCCUCACCCAACCACAGCCAAGUUUCCAUGUCUCAAGAACAAUUGAGUUACCCGACACCUAUAAACAGCUCCAGAAGCCGUUCGAGCACAGGAGACUGACAGGUCAGGAAGCAAGCAUCAAUCAAGAAAUACUUUGUCCUAAACCUAUUAACAGCAAAACAACUUUUCUUUUCUUUUUUCUAUAAAAAAAAAAAAGGUAAAACUUAACAGCAAAGAGGAGCUCAUGACCCCUUUUCUUUUUGUUUAUGCAAGCUUUUUUCAAUUUCAGCCUGUACAGACAAUCAAGGUGAGGUGAAAAAGAUCAUCAGUAUACAUCUUUUUACUUUUUAUUUUUCCUUUCAUUAUGUAUUCAGUUAGCAGUCCUCUUUGAACUACAACUUCUUCCUUCAGCCUGACAUAAGACAAGCAUGCUGAAGGAGGUGGUAACAAAGAAAGAUAUAUAUAUAUAUACAUGUACAGUUUCCUGCAUAUAUUGAAAUUUUCAUAUUUGGAAAC